GAACUUUUGCUGUUUCAUUCAAGUCUCAUAUGCAUGGGACCCGAAACGUCACAGAAGGAAUCAACGAGUCUCCUUUUCUCUUUUCGCUUUAUUAGUAGUGCUAAGCACCAGCUAACGAGAAUCGGGCCCGAACGUUAACUGACACAUACCAUCCUUCACCUGUUUGACCGCUAUCGUUGUUAUCUCUUUGAGCUGUCUCAUAUGCUGUCUGCGUCAGUGACAACCACUCCUCGGCCACGACCCCCAGGUCGGGUACGAAGAAUCUCUACCCACGUCAAAACUUCCCCGCCUCCUCCAUAUGCUGCCACAUCGCUUCUUCAUGAUCAACUAGAUAGCUCCUCGGAUCUGAAACGAGAGACUUUCAAUGGAGCAUCUGCAUGGGACGACAUCCCUAACCUUCAAGAUUGGAAUGGAAGGUCCCGCGAGGAGUUAUCUGAGCUACUCCUGAAAGCUGAUGAGCUCAUCAAAGACCGAGAAAAUGAACUCAGUGUCACCACAGCUGUCUGUAAAUCAUUGUACGAAAAUAAUCUAGAGCUCCAGAACAAACACAAGGCGCUUCUCUCCCGUUUACCCACUUCAUCAUCUGUCUCUCCAUCAGGAUCCUCUGCAUCUUCUCCAGCUACUCCCGGAACGCCUCUUCCACACUCACCCCAUUACUAUACCAACAUCUCUUCCUCACACGCGAGCACUAGUACUUCUCGCUCCCGCCGGUCGCAAAGGCGUGUCUCUGUCUCCCCUGCAGACCUCGCUCUACUUUCCGAUCAGAAUGCUGAGCUCCUUGCAAAGCUAGAAAAGCUCGAAUCUGAAUCUGUUCAGACUGAUCAAGCGGGACGACGAAAAUUACGUGGUUUGGAGAAAGAGAUACAAGGGCUUCGAGAAGAGCUCGAAAAAACUCGUGCCAGAAGCGACGAGCUCGAGAACAAGGCAAAACUUGUUAGUCCUACCCUCGAGUCUGAGGAAGCGUCGAAGAGGCGACAUGAGAGAGAAGAGCGGGUCCGCGCCCUACGGGGUAGGAGUGAGGACGAAGCAAAUGAUGGAGAAGUACGGGACUUUGCGCCAGGGGGGGCUCUUGCAUCUCAAGGGGUCUCGAGAAGAUCCACCGGACUAGGCAGGUCAGAGAAACGGAAGCGUCCAUCGCAGUGUCUCCGCCGGCAUGCUUCUGAAGCUGGCUUUCGUUCGGCUCCUUCAGAUGGCAAGCUUUCUGAACGAUCAAGAAAGAUGUCUUUAUACAACGGUGUCUCUCGAUCAUUCCCCCAAUUCCAGUUUCCUUCUCCUGCUCAUGAGCCAGUCCCGACGAUACCCGAAUAUGCACUCGUGUUCCAGCUCCUUCAAAAGAUCCGUGAGCUUGAGCAGAUUAAUUCACAAAUAACGAUGCAGCAAGAGAAAACGACAGCAUCGCUGCAGUCAGUUCAGAGAGACGCUGCAAGCAUCCAGCUCCUCUACGAGAGCCUUGGCGAUGUCGAUGCCAUUGAUUGGCUGGCUGAGGGUGACAGCUUCGAGAAUCCCGGUGCCCACGAGGAAGAUGAAGAUUCCGAGGAAGACGAGACAAUUCGUUUCGCCAGUCUCCGUCGGUCUAUGCUCACGGAUUCCUCGGCUGAGUUUGAUAACGGUAUCGAACCAGAUAGACAGAGUAGCAUGCGGCACGCAAUACUUCCAGAACUCUUCCCUCCACCUGCACAUCAUCGCACACGUCGAUCUGUUGUUGGAUUAUUCGACCCCCCGACUAUAUCUGAUGUCAGUAAUCCACCUUCUGUACAAUCACUGGGCAUUCCCGGUCUACCGGCCGUUCCUUUUAUUCCUCUGCCCAGCACAGAAUCUGUGACCCCCGAGGAAUUGGAUUUGUCAUCACCUCUGGCUGCGGGAGUGCCUACUACAGAAUUCACGGGCCGCCAGACUCUCGACAAUGAGUUGGGGCUUGCAUGGGAUAGCUGUCAUGGGAAUGACCACUUCCGCACACCGAGCCUAGUUGAUCUUACAUCGCUUUCUCCUUCUUCAUCCGUCGGCGUUCCGGAUUCCGGCACUCCUUCCACAACAGACAAGCUGUCUUUUUCCCCGUCUUCUAGUUAUAUCUCAGCUUCUUCCACAUCUUCCACCUCAUUUGCUGAGCAGGUUAGCUUGAAAACAGACGGUGCUCAUGAUUUUGAGUCCCUAACAUACAGUCCGCCCAACGCGCACGUGGGUACGCUUGCAGAUAAGAAGUAUCGCAAGUCGCAUACCAUUCGGAUGCGCACAAACCACUGGACUGAAGGUCGCUUUGAAGCGACACUUCUUUCUGCCCCACGGAGGCAAAGCUCUGCUGAUCUUGCCCGUCCUUCCACUCCAGUUCCUCAAAGACUCGUAAACGAGUUCGUGGAUAGCAUAAGCCGCCAUCGCACACAUUCCCUUUCUUGCGGUCUCACAGAUGAUGAACCAAGGACGAUUUCUGUAUCGCCAGUCUCUCUUCGUGAGGGAGUCCAGAAGCCCCGACAGCGACGGUUUGUGUCGUUCGUUUUGGAGCUGUGGUUGUGGCUUCAGUUUGCUAUCGUCGUGGUCAUCUUUCUUUGGGCGAUGGCGAAGCGCGGACCGAAGAGUGUGUUGGAGGAAGCUCAGAGAAGGAAGAUUCAGUGACGCUAUUUUGGAUGGACUAUCUAUAGUGUAGUAUUAAUGUUGAAUAUGCCCUAGGCUAAUGAUAUACGAGAUUCUACGCCAGCUGGAUUUUUGGUCUGGUGUACUAGCGGCCCAAGCGGUGGCGCGCGACUGGUACUGGUCUUGGACGACACGUUGUCAAACUCAAUGCUGACGCG